ACGCGCCUCUUGAACUUGAACUUCAUCUUCGACAAGCACGACGAUCAUAAACCUAGCCAACCCAGAGAGUCAUGGCGUGGAAGACUACUCAAAUCGGAGGAGAAGAGCCUAGUCCUCCAUCAUCUUCAGCGCAUACUCUCCUUGGAACAAGCUCCCAAGGCUCGCGCAGCGCGUCUCAGUCCACCACUCACAGAACGCGACCUAACAGUCCCGACUUUACCUUGCCACCAGGCUGUACUGAAGAAACAGCUGAACUCCGCCUCCCCGGCGAACUCGAAGCGGGACUCGAAGCCGACACCAAGCCUGUGCGAUACCUGGACUCGUUUACCAUCUACGACCCGCGUCACGGUGAAUUCCGCAACCUGGCAGACCUCGAGAGCGACGAUAAUGACUACCAGUUCGAAGCGGCUGGGUACAUAUGGCCGGUGCUGGUCGACGAAGACGAGGACGAUAGCGAGGAUGAAGACGAAGAGGAGGGAGGAGGAUACUCGAGCUCUGUCACUACCGAUGACGGGCCGGGUCCAUCUCAGCCAGGGAAGGGCAUGAUGUCUUCUCGAACAUACGCGCACAUCACGGCUAUCGUCAAGAUAUGGUGGGACCCCGUGGCGGAGGAAGACAGGUGAGCAAACGGUUGUCGCCGCUGACUUAUCGUAGCAGAUACAAGUGAAUGCGAUGGACGUCGUAGCGCCUGCACCACGAAGAGGCGCGUGUUGUUCGUAGCGUGGCACUUGCCCCCGAAUAUGGAUACAGACCCUCUACGCAUGGUAUAUCCUUCGCGCACCCACGCCC